CCCUGCCCGGCUCGGGGAGGCUGCUGGAGCCGCUGCCCGCGCACUGGCGCAGCCGCAGCCGGAGCCGCUGCAGCCCCGCACGCAGGAAAAUGGCAGACAGUUUUAAUUUAUCUGAUGCCUUGGCUGGAUCUGGGAAUCCAAACCCAAACCCAAACCCGAAUGCACCUCCAAACCCAGCCUGGCCUCCUGGUCCCUGGGGAAACCAACCUACAGGUCCCGGAGCAUUCCCAGGGUAUCCUGGGGCUUUCCCAGGUCCUUAUCCUGGCGCACCGGGGGCCUAUCCUGGCGCACCGGGGGCCUAUCCUGGCGCACCGGGGGCCUAUCCUGGCCCACCAGCAGGCCCAGGAGCAUUUCCUGGUGCUCCAGGGGCAUAUCCUGGAGCACCCACGGGACCUGGCACAUUUCCUGCCCCUGGACAACCACCGAGCGGACCGGCAGCACCUCCUACUGCACCCCAAAGUGGACCUGGGUCAGGACCUCCCACACAGCCAGGAGACACUGCAUUGAAAGUCCCCUUUGAACUCCCCUUGCAGACGGGACUGAUGCCUCGUUUGCUCAUCACGAUCACGGGCAUGGUGAAGCCAAAGCCAAACAGAUUUAACAUAGAUUUCAAGAAAGGGCAGGAUGUUGCCUUCCACUUCAAUCCCCGCUUCAAUGAAGACAACAAAAAAGUGAUAGUCUGUAACUCGAUGCUUCAGAAUAAUUGGGGAACGGAGGACAGAACAGCACCCAUGUUUCCAUUUGAAGCUGGCAGACCUUUUAAGAUCCAAAUUCUUUGCGAGACGGAUCAUUUCAAGGUGGCCGUCAACGAUGCUCACUUGAUGCAGUACAACUACCGGGUGAGGAACCUGAAUGAAAUCAACAGGCUUUGCAUUGCCGGGGACGUCACUCUUGGCAGCGUCACACAUGCUGUGAUAUGAAUACGAGAUGUUUUGUAAGAUCACUUCACCGUGAAAUGCAACUCUUAAUGCUUCCUGAAUGGCGCUUACCUUCCUGGGGUUUUUUAAAGGUUCUGUCCACUGCGUGAUAAUAAACGAUGCUUUUGCUAAAGGUAA